CUUCCCACAACGCUGAAACAGCAGCUAGAAAACGACAGCUAAAAGUCCAUUAAGAUGCACACCUUUGCCAUUCUGAUUCUGGCUCUGGCCUCCGUGGGCCUGGUGACACCAUUGAGCAACUCCUAUCUGCCCCCGAAAGUGGGUGCCCAGAGUGGAUACAGUGCAGCGGCGACCAGCUCCUCGGGAUCGUAUGCAGCUCCUGCGGCCACCUAUGCCCGCAGGUCGUCCCACUCCGUGGCGGCUCCUUCCAGGCAGUACCUAGCCCCGGCUGCAUCGCACGGUAGCUACAGCUCGGGAGGCUCCUCCUACGCCGCUCCAUCGGUGUCCCAUGCCUCCUACACCGCUCCAUCGGUGUCCCAUGCCUCCUACUCCGCUCCAGUUGCAGCUGCAUCCCAUGCCUCCUACUCCGCUCCAGCUGCAGCUGCAUCCCAUACCUCCUACUCCGCUCCAGCUGCAUCCCACAGCUCAUACGCCGCUCCAUCCGCAUCGCAUGGAUCGUACGCCGCUGCCUCGCGCACCAGCUACUCCGCUCCCGUGGCCGCUCCAUCCAGGAAGUACCUAGCUCCAGCUGCAGUGUCCCACAGCAGCUAUUCCGCUCCCGCCGUUUCCCACAAGAGCUAUUCCGCGCCAGCCGUGUCGCACGGAUCCUACUCCUCUUCGGGCGGCUCUAGUGGCUCCUACUCCUCUUCGGGCGGCUCCAGUGGCUCCUACUCCGCUCCAGUUGCAUCCUAUAGCUCUUAUGCCGCCCCAGCUGCCUCCCACACAAGCUAUUCGGCACCAGUGGCUGCUCCUUCCCGGCAAUAUCUCGCUCCGGCUGCCACGUCCUACUCCGCACCAGCGGUAUCCCACGGAUCGACGUACUCCACUUCAUCGCAGUCCCAUGGAUCCUAUGCCGCUCCAUCAGUUUCCAGCAAGACCUAUGCCGCCCCAGCUGUCUCCCAUGUGAGCUACUCGGGAUCUAGCUCUGGAUCUGGCCAUGGUUAUGGAUCUGGCUCCAGCCACGGAUUGCUGCAAGGAUCGGGUCUGCGUUCCGGCCACGGAACUGGCUUUGGAUCCAGCUACGGAUCGGGACACAAAUCGGGUUCCUACGCUUCCAAUGGAGGCUACGAGUACCGCCUGAAGCAUUGA